UGCUGUCAGAAAGUCGCCGGGGAUAUCAGCAUUCCUCAGGAGCUUUUACAACCUGCACAUCUGCCCCGUUCUCUACUAAGAUCCACGUCUGUCUUCUCAAAGGACAUUUUGGGAUAUUUAUAAUUUCUCCUGGAAGCAGCACUUGAAAAAUAAAGGGAUUUUAUGUUUUACAAGAAUCCAGACGUUAGGAUGCACUGCUGAUGUGAGCUGAUCUGAGUUCGGCGUUUCUGAUGGAGCUGAAAGUUUGGGUGGACGGGGUUGUCCGAGUGGUUUGCGGCCUUUCAGAGGAGACAUCAUGCCAAGAUGUAGUCAUUGCACUUGCCCAAGCCAUUGGUCAGACGGGUCGCUACAUUCUUAUUCAGAGACUGAGAGACACCGAGCGCCAACUUCUGGCCAAUGAGCGUCCACUGGAGUCCUUGGCCAAACUGGGCCAGCACAGCAGCGAGGUGCAGUUCUUCCUCAGACGGACCGGCCCCAGCAGCAGCGAAGAGCCAAGUCCACACAACCACACACUUCCUCUCCACAAGCCGUCUACACCAGAAGCCAAACGGGGCUUGCCGAAAAAGUCCUUGACCUUCAACUUAGGUCCUUCCAGCACCUCUCGUACAAAAACAAAGGAUUUGCGGAAAACGCCUUCUCCUGAACAAAGGUUGUCCCCGGUUCCUCAAGCGGCGUACCUGCCCGGACCUUCCAAAGAGGACAUUUUCCGACGUUUACACCAGCAACAAGAGCAGUUAAGAAACCUUGAGUCCCAGCUGGUGACUGUAGAGACGGAAUGUGAGUCUUGCGAACGGUCAUCCGGUGAGGAAUCGACCUUACAGGAGGAGAUAGAUGUGUUGGAAGAGGCACUGUGGAAGAACCAGCAGGAGCUGGAGGAGGAGGAGCUCUGGGAGGCGGAGCUUAAGGCAGAAACAGAUCGGGAGCGGGGUAUGAAGCGAAGGUUGGGAGAGCUGCACGCUAAACUGGACGAUUGCGGGCAAAAGUUGCAUGAGUUCAACGGCCGUGCCUCGCAGCUCGUGAAGGACAUUCAGAAAGAGAGGCUGGUGGCGGAGACUUCGCCCGGCCGAGAUGACUCGAAAGACUCUGCAGAGGAAGUCAAGGUGGAGCUUGAAAGUCGACAAAAACAUGGGGAGGAGUUGGAGGCGGAGCUUAUAGAGCUGGAAAAGGCUCUUGGGAGGGCGGAGACUCUGCUGAAGGCUAAGGAGGACGAGGUGGAAGAGUUGAAUAAGGAGCUGAGACAGUGUAAUUUACAGCAGUUUAUCCAGCAGGCCGGAGCCCCUCAAUCCCGCACACAUCUCACCGAACAACUGGAACAACUGGACCUGAUGCAAGAACUGCAGGACAAACACAUCAACAAUGAUUCGCCUCCGCGUCCCACCGCCAAACAGUUUCUGGGUCACCCGCGUAACCUGCAGAACCCCCUGGUGUCCAGUUUGAAUCCCGAGGUCCUGAGAUCCAGCGAGUCAUCUUGGCAGUAAAAACCUGAAUCAUAGGGAUAAGGAUCUGUAAUGACUUUCUGCUAUAUACUCAACCCCUCUGUCUUAACUGUCCAUGUCAAUAUAGCCGUAUGUUAUAUAUUUACUGUAUAUAUGAAUUAUAUAUUUACUACUUUUUGGUACAUUUCAAAGAUUUCAUGUAUUUACUGUAAAGUAUGACCAGAAGAUUUUAUCUUGAAAACGUUUACUUUUGUCUAUGUAUUUAAA